UCGAAAUGUAUUCGGCCACGUAUAUCUCCGAUUUCGACAGCGACGAGGACAAUUACCCGUAUUAUGAUAGUGGCGUUGGCUUUAGCUACGAUAAUAACAGCAAUACGCAGAAUUCACAGUCGCCUCGUGUACACGAAUUCGGCAAGUUCGAGGAAAACUAUGGCUGGAUUCAAUGCCAAUCUAAAAGCUAUCCUAACCGCGUGUAUUAUCACAAUACGCGGACUGGCUGCAACACGUGGUACAGACCUGUUUCGCAUUUUAUGGACAUCCCAUUCGUCUCUGUUAGAAAGGCAAAUUACACGGCCGACACUGUGGAAUCGACGAACGAUUUGGAAUUGAUGUCAGUAUCAGACGAUGAGAAAGAGAAACAAAUUCCUGCACGUGAUGGCAACAAAUCGUUGAUCGAUGUUAUGGAUAUCAUGGCGCGAUAUUACUACACUCCCCAGAUUCCCGAUGCUGAUGACUCGUCCGAUAUGAUGGAUGAGAGUGACUGUUACAAGGAAAAGAAAGAAGACAUAGAUGACGAGAACAACAACAUAAACGAUUCGCCAUUGUACGUCGCAAAUUUUCUCGAGAAUGAAUUUUUCGAGGAUACCGAGGAGAAGACUAAUCACAUAUUGGACUCGUUGAACGAUAACACUUCGGACGUAUCUUCCUUCCCAAUGGAACCCGUCAUGUAUGGCGUACCGCGUUUGAAGAAGAUCGACAUUGAGUGCCAAUUGAUCAAACCAAAAAGAACGUACGUCACCAACAAUCGGAAAAAGCCAGGACCUAAGAAGAUCGUAAGCGAUAUGUACGGCAUACGGACCAUCAGUUACAAUCUGCCUGAACUGGAUGAGGUGUGCGCGGCGAUGGGAGUGAAAAUAUCAACGUUGAGCGAUAGCGAUAGCGACAGCGACGCGAGCAUAUUACCUUCGCCGUCGCGACGCUCGAAAACGACGCGGCUGUUGGAGUCCGAGUGGCGCGAUAUAGAGAAGAACUUGCAUCAACCGUUACUGAGCGACUCAAGUUCCAGUUCGUCGUCACGGUCCGAUACGACCAGCUCCAGUUCUAGCUCUAGCUCGAAUCAAAAUAACGACUCCAGCUCCAGCUCCAGCUCUUGCUCGUGUUGUUCAUGCGACAGAAGUGCUUGAAGCCUGAUCGAAAUGUCCUAUUAUCUUUAUGU